GGCCGUUAUACAAAACAUUAUGGAGGGAGAUCGACCGAAAAGCUUGGCCGAGUUCAAAGAAAUAUUCAAUAAAUGCAUUGACCAGUAUUUAACAGACACUCCCACUGACUGUGUCAUCUCCCAAGAGAAAGCUGGACGCAUCUUGAAAGUUCUUCAGAACGAUCCAGACUUUUCAGACUCGGAAAUCACGUCUUAUGUGAAGCAGGACAAAAUCCAACUCAAAGAUUUCCCUUUGCUUCGAUUACAGAAUGUCUUGUGUACAGUGAAAAAGGGCCGGAAAACCGCAAAUAGGCUCAACGAUGACUUGUUCGGACGAUUCCGGCGGGUUGUGCUCAAAGAAGAAUUCUUUGACAUGAUCUACAAAGCACACAGCCAACAUGGCAGCAGAAAUCACCUAGGUUUUGAGAAGACAAUAUUUCAAUUGAAACGCAAUUAUUCACACAUCCCCUGCGAGGUGGUGCUGAAGUUCAUGAAGAUGUGUCCAGUCUGCGCCGGUUCCGUGCCCGAAGAGAACAUCUCCCUCUUCUGUCUGAAAUACGAAGACGACAUCAUCCCCGCCGACACAAAGUGCCAACAGAAUCCUAGAAAAUACAUCAAGAAAGAAAAACCGAAAAAGGGGAAGAAACUAUCGACAACGACGAGGAAAACGGUUCGAGCGAAGACCAAAACCACGACAGCAACAACAGCGAGAGCGAAAACAAAAGCGAAGGCCACGUCUGCGAAAAAGACAAAGGCGACGGCAAAAAAGACAGAGACAACAACACGAAGAGCAAAGAGGACAUUAACGUCAACGACAACCACAACAACAAGAGAAACGAGUUCAGCUCAUCAACCAAAAGCUAACACCAAUAUCAAAAUAAGCAGUAGGAUUUUUGGAGAGAGACCAUCACAGCAAGACCACGACUAUGUGCGCACCCAACAUCAUUUACCAAUUACGUAUUCACUGGCAGGACCCAAGAAUAGCUCUGUACCGAAUUUCAGAGAUUAUAGUAAGAACCAACGUGUGCACGUUUUAAGGGCAAGUUUCUUUAUGGCUGUUGGCAGAGUAACCAUCAUUGAUAUCAAUGAACUACAAACUGAAACAGCACCAUCUAACCAGUUUACACUAGUGGUGCAUUACGUUGACCUCUGGUCAAAGUACAGCAUCUUCUGGCCAUUGUGUAAGAAAGACAUUAGUGAACUGGCACUGGGCAUUGCCAAAAACGUAUUCGCCUACUUCGGCGCUCCAAGACAGUUAAUCUACAACGGCUGCACCAUGCAGGCUGCCGAACAACUGGAAGAGGUGCUUCGUGUGUGGUCAUCCCAAAUUAAUGUUACCACAAGUAUUUUAGAAGAUCCACUGGCAUCAUCAGGACCGUUACAUUGGAGAAUUUUUGAAGAUCUGAAAAGUCUUCCGCAAGACUCAUGGGAAAGUCAUCUCGCAAAAUUGCAAUACUUAGCCAAUACAAAGUUUGUGAAAACUCACGGUCGUGUCACACCAUACGAGGCUGUAUUUGGUCACAUGCCCUUAACUGAAACAUUUGUUAGUCCAGUUGAUACACAGAGCAAGACCCCUACCAAUGGGAGCAUGACCAAUGUCAGGAAAAAGCAACGAAGUUCUACUGGGAGCAAAGGACCAAAGGCCUCCACUGCCAGUGGCUCGGUUCCUGCUAACGUCAGCAGCAAAACUUCCAAUGGUGCCAAUUCGGGGGGAGUGUACGAAGCCCAACUAGACCCCCUCCCGUCGCAGCCUUAUCCUGUUGCCUGCACCAUCAACAUUGCCAACAGAAGUCCAAGGUCUCUCCUGCCCAGCACGCUGACUGUGCUGCAGCAGACAACAGCGCCGACGCCCAUGUCUGGUAACGCAAAUCUGUUGAUAUACGCUUCUACUACUACCAUUGCUGUUGAUGUUGUUAGUGUUUUAUGUGUGUGUGUGUGUGUGUGUAGACAGACAGGCGGUAGGUAGAUAGAUAGAUAGAUAGAUAGAUAGAUAGAUAGAUAGAUAGAUAGAUAGGCAGACUGAUAAACAGACUGACAGACAGAUGAUAGAUAGAUAGAUAGAUAGACAUGUUUCUUUAUUGGCCACACAGGGCUGAACACAGAGGGGACAGAUAGAUAGAUAGAUAGAUAGACAGACAGAUAGAAAGACAGAUAGAUAGAUAGACAACAUAGGUAAGACAGACAGACAGCCUGAUAGAUAGAUAAAUAGAUAAAGACAUAAGAUAGAUAGAUAGACGACAGAUAAACAGACAGACAGACAGAUAGGUAGAUAGAUAGAUAGACAGAUAGAAAGACAUAGAUAGAUAGAUAGACAGACAGACAGACAGAUAGGUAGAUAGAUAGACAGGUAGAUAGACAGACAGAUAGGUAGAUAGAUAGACAGGUAGAUAGAUAGGUGCAGGUAUGGCUUUGUGUUUAAAAAGCUUGCUCCCCAACCAUGUGGUUUCAGGUUGAGUUCCACUGCAUGGCAGCUUUAACUAAUGUCUUCUAUUAAAGCCCCAGGCCAACCAAAUCCUUCUGAAUGGAUUUGGUGAACAGAAACUGAAAGAAGCCUGAUGUGUGUGUGUGUGUGUCCUUGUUUUGAACUCACAUGUUAAUUCUAAAUGACUGUCACUACCAUACAGGCUGUGUCAUUCGUGUCCAGCAUUCUACAGAAAUAUGCUUGACCAUGGGACGAUAUUGCCCUGCUUGGAAGCAGGUGAGGGUUGGUGACAGGCAGAGCGUCCAGCCAUGGAGGAAAAAAAAUCUUCCUCCUCAACAAAUACUGUCCAACCCACAAAAGCACGGGGAAGUGGACAAUGACAAUGCAGUGUUGUGAUGGACCAAAGCUUUGCGAGUG